GCUGUUUGACCAGGACAGCACACAGCCGUACGUCUACAAUCCCCCAGGAAAGAAAAGGUGACCAGAGAGACCGACUUCAAGAAAUGCAAGUGUCUGGUUGCUUCCUUAUUGUAAUCUCCUUCAAGUGGCAUUGUGCCAAGACAGUUGUAAAAGGAAUGAACAGUUUCCCCACUGAAGGCUGCUUUCUCCCCUGCUUCUGCAUUUUCUCCUGUCCAGCCAUUCUAUGAAAGGACACUUUAUCAAGGGAAGAGGCAAUGCCUGGGUCACACUCCUAGAUUGAGGCCUCGAUUGUAAUGAUGAGAAGAGAAAGUUGCAGAUUUCACCCAAUCAGCUCCUGUCUUCUCCAGACGGGACAGUCUCCCUGCUGGCCAAUCGCAGCUCAGAGAUCCUGAUGAAGCUUUGGGGGAAAGAACUAAUAAAUACUCCAGAGCGGAGUUCCUUUCACUCUGUAUCAACAACAGGAAGAAAUCAUUCCUGGCACCCCCUCCCCCUUUUCAUAUCAAAGUGCGCUCAUCUUCACACAGUGGCCAGCAGCCGCCCGAGCUCUUUCCUGCGACUUGUAUGCAAGUUUCCCUUCCUCGCCCCAAACUUUGUUUCCCUUUCUCCUUUUUGUCUCUCUCUCCCCUUUGCUUUGGGAUAUCACGUCUUAUUGACAAAAGGAGAGCAAGUCCCCCCCCCCCAACAUCCCCCUCCCUUUUUUCCAGGACUUUUCCUUUUUCAGUGGGAUCUAUUACCAGAGCUGAUCUCUCGUAUAUCAGCAUUCUCCUGGAUAUAAUAUUAAAGUAAAGCUGUAUACAACAUGACAACUCUAGCAGGAGCUGUCCCAAGAAUGAUGCGACCAGCUCCCGGGCAGAACUACCCUCGCAGCGGAUUUCCAUUAGAAGUGUCUACUCCUUUAGGCCAGGGCAGAGUCAAUCAGCUCGGUGGAGUUUUUAUUAAUGGCAGGCCUUUGCCCAACCAUAUCCGACACAAGAUAGUGGAGAUGGCCCAUCACGGGAUCAGGCCCUGUGUCAUCUCUCGCCAGCUGCGCGUGUCCCACGGCUGCGUCUCCAAAAUCCUCUGCAGGUACCAGGAGACUGGCUCCAUCCGGCCGGGGGCCAUCGGGGGCAGCAAGCCCAAGCAGGUGACAACGCCGGAUGUGGAGAAGAAAAUCGAGGAAUACAAGAGGGAGAAUGCCGGCAUGUUCAGCUGGGAGAUCCGGGACAAACUGCUCAAAGACGGGGUCUGCGAUCGAAACACGGUUCCCUCAGUGAGCUCCAUCAGCCGCAUUCUGAGAAGUAAAUUUGGGAAAGGAGAAGAGGAGGAGGCCGAACUGGAAAGGAAAGAAGCGGAAGAGAGUGACAAGAAGACCAAGCAUAGCAUUGAUGGGAUCCUCAGCGAACGAGCAUCAGCACCCCAAUCUGAUGAAGGCUCUGACAUAGAUUCUGAACCAGAUUUACCUUUAAAAAGAAAGCAGCGUCGUAGUCGAACAACCUUUACUGCAGAACAACUAGAAGAACUGGAAAGAGCUUUUGAGAGGACCCACUACCCUGAUAUUUACACUCGGGAAGAACUUGCACAAAGAGCCAAACUUACUGAGGCUCGGGUUCAGGUCUGGUUUAGUAACCGUCGUGCUAGAUGGAGGAAACAGGCAGGGGCCAAUCAACUGAUGGCUUUCAACCACCUGAUCCCAGGAGGAUUCCCACCCACUGCCAUGCCAACCCUGCCAACAUACCAGCUAUCUGAGCCCUCAUAUCAACCCACCUCCAUACCACAAGCUGUGUCUGAUCCAAGCAGUACAGUCCAUAGACCUCAGCCGCUUCCUCCAAGCACUGUACACCAAAGCAGCCUCCCUUCAAAUCCAGAGAGCAGCUCGGCGUAUUGCCUACCCAGCACCAGGCAUGGAUUUUCCAGCUAUACAGACAGCUUUGUGCCUCCAUCCGGGCCCUCAAAUCCCAUGAACCCUGCCAUUGGCAAUGGCCUUUCACCUCAGGUAAUGGGCCUCCUGACUAACCAUGGUGGUGUACCUCACCAGCCCCAAACUGAUUAUGCCCUCUCACCUUUAACUGGGGGCCUAGAACCAACCACUACUGUAUCAGCCAGCUGCAGUCAGAGACUAGAUCAUAUGAAAAGUUUAGAUAGUCUGCCUACAUCACAGUCCUACUGCCCACCAACUUACAGCACCACAGGUUACAGUAUGGACCCUGUCACAGGAUACCAGUAUGGACAAUAUGGACAAAGUGCCUUUCAUUAUCUGAAGCCAGAUAUUGCAUAAAUGAACUGUCCACUUCAAGUUAAAGCUUGUCUUGUUUCUGGUCUCACUCCAGUGCUUGGAUGGGAGGGAUCUUCCCACCAAAAUGCAACCCAAGCUGGGGCAAUCACAAUAGAGAUACGGGAUCAUUAUGUUCUUUUCUCCAGUCAUUGCUUUCGAUAGACAUUUGGACUUGUUGGACAUAACAGUUCAGAAGACAAAGACCAAGAGCAAUAAAAAAUAAAUAAAUAAAUAAAUACAACACAGUUCAGCGUGGGCAGGUAUAAAAAAUGCUGAAGUAUUUAAAAUCACUGACUGACAAAACAUUCCAUUUUUAUGUUGCUGAAAAAGCAUGCAUUGAUUUGGACAAACAAAAUAUUCUAAAACUUAAUAGUUGAGCUCUGCAAACUCAGACUCUUGACAUCUGAUGCUGACUUUAUUCUAACUUUAAAACUGCUCAGUUUCUGAAGCAUGAGCAGGAGAACAUUUUGAUUUUACACACUGGAAAUUGACAUCAAGAAGAAAUGUCAUGGUCUGUGGGAAGCUAGAAUAGAUGUAAAAGACUUCCAGAACAAGUUAAUGGUUAUCUUAUCAUUCUUUUGUAAUCAUGUUGUCAAGAAAUGUCACAUACAAGUUUUGCUUUACAAUGAAUGAGAUACUGUGUAACGAAGAAAAUUUUUUGCAAUUUGUGUGUGUGAAGUUUUCCUAAUCCAUGUUACAUUCUGAAACAAACAAGGAAGAGGAAACAACAACAACAACAACAAAACAAAGUGACUUUGAUUUCCAUAACUGCCUAACAAUGUGCAAUACUAUGUACCUCACACAAGCUUUGGGACCAUCCAAAGUGAUAUAGAUAGAACUAUAUUUUUGCAGGUACUUUUAUUUUUGCAGUACAUGUUUCAUUAUGAUAAAAUGCAGAAGUGGUGCAGUCCGCAGUAUAACAGAAUCUGGCUCACGAGACAUGACCAUUUUCAGGAAACAAUACAUUUGAAAUGAUUACGUUUACAUUCUCUUUUUAGUGAUGUACAGGACAUGAACAGAGAUGUCCCUGUAUCUGACAUGUACUUUUAAAUUAUACAGUGAUAGCUAAUAUAGAAAAAAUAAUAAUAGGAACCGAGGUUUACAUAAGUUGUGUUGUGACAUUUUAGAAUGUCAAUAAAUUUGUGUUUUGAAAUGUUAAGAGGAACAGGAAGAUGGAAGGCAGUGUUAUUUAUUUCUCUUUAUUCUUGGAACAAUGAAUGAGGUAGGACACAUACAUUCCUUUUAGCAUUAAGGACUAUGAAGUAGUGAGAUAGUGAGACUAGGUAUAGUACAGAGAUUAGUUCACGCAUUGGUCUGAAAAGGUGAUGGAACAAAAGAAAUAUUAUCUUUGUGUUGCAGCCUCUACCAACAACACAUGUGUUGUAAAAAAAAAAGUCUUUCAUGUAAAAAGUGCAGUAAAUAUUUACUAUUUAUAAGGAAUAAACAGUUAUGAAGACUUGCAAAGC